CAGUGCCACGUCGGCAGUGCCCCACCACCAUGACGGGCUCAGUUCUGGGCAUGCCAGGCCAACUGGCCAAUGAGUCCAUUGCCGAGUACCGACAGCGUUUCGAAGCUCAGCUCGCACUGAUCGAGGCUGAGGAACAGCGUCAGGCGGCAGUCGAGGCUGCCCGCCUACAAGCUGAAGCGGCGGCAACAGCUGAAAAGCAGCGGCUUCAAGCCGAAGCAGAAGCAGAUACCCAGGCACGCCGCAAGGAGGCCGAGGAUCUGCUACAACGGCAUGAAGCCACCAACAUCGAAAAGCUCAAAUUCUGGCAUUUUGACCCAUCCGAGCAGCACGAAGACGCUACACCGGAAGAGCAGCACAAGGAGUUCCUUGCCAAACUCGUGACCCGGUUGGUUUACACGUGUAACCACCUGCAGUCCGAACUGGCGAAUCUCCGACGGGCGGUGCAGAACCACAAGGGUCUGCACAAGGAUGCUACACGGGCACUUGAUUCCCGUGUACAGGACUUGGAGCAAGUUGCACCAAGACCAGAUGCUGGCGAGUCCAGCAGUGCACCCUCUACCCGCCAAUUGGAAGAACGAGUUGACCACGUAGUCGCAAUGCUCAGCGAAAUCAGCACCUUCGCUGCACCAGCAACCAUCAGCAAGUUGCUGGACACCUUGAAGACCGAGGUUCAGCAACUGCACCAGCGGCCCAACAAGGAGGGCAACACUAGUGCGCAACACUACAAAAUGCCGACAUUCCAAAUCGAGAAGUUCGAUGAUUAUACGCAUCAAGACCCAGUCGCAGAUAUGAAAGAUAAGAUCUCUUCGGAAGAGUUAACAAGGCUAUGGAAGAAGCGGUUCAUCGUAGACGACGCCCCGACGCUCGCCAUCAACCGCCUCUUCGCUAUGACGCAAGGCAACACAUCGACACGCGACUGGCUCACGGAAUGGCAAAAGAUCGUGGCGACGCCCGAUCUCGAAUUGCCAUUUUCGCAUCUGCGCCGGGAGUUCUACAACCAGUCAUGUGCCGCCUUGAGCCUUGCACUUGGUGAUUGCGAGCAAUACGCAACCUUCGCCCAAAUCAUCGACAAGGCAAGGGAGAUCAUCAAGACCAAUAGGGCGGUUGCACACGAGAAGUCGGCAUGGCAGCCAACCUAUGUGGAGAAAGGAAAAUUUGGUCCGCGUCGGCAGCAUGUCGCUGCAGUCCACUCGGACAACAUUGUGGAAGACCCGGCAGCCACCCAAGCAUCACGUGAGGGAGAUCUGGUGGCUGUUGUCCAACGGCGAAGCAACAACAACUCCCGAGGAAAAGGGAAGGCGAAAACCGCAUCGCCGGCCGGAAACGGACAGCCAGCACCAUGGGUCAAGUUUCACUUGACCGAGGCCGAAUACAAGUGGCGCGGUCGCCGGAGUUUGGACGAGCAUGUGGAGCACCUGCGCACCGUUUUGGAACGGCUACGACAAGCCAAGUACAAAGCCAACCGCAACAAAUGCGAAUUCGCGUGGCAAGAGAUGGAGUACUUGGGACAUUAUGUGACGCCGCAAGGCAUCCGUCCGCUUGCGGACAAGAUCGAGGCCAUCUGCGUAUGGCCCGAGCCCACCAACACCACAGACGUUCGCUCAUUCAUGGGGUUGGCAGGCUACUAUCAACGCAUCAUCACCGGGUACUCAAGGAUUGCCGCACCUAUGACGAGAUUACAAUCGCCAAAGGUGCCAUUCGUAUUCGAUGACGAUGCACGCCAGUCAUUCCAAGCACUUAAGACGCCCAUGCUCAUGGCACCCGUCCUUAGCAUCUACGACCCCACCCUGCCAACGAGAGUGACAACCGAUGCUUCCGGCUAUGGCAUUGGGGCAGUCUUGGAACAACACGACGGCGACGACUGACACCCUGAAGAGUAUUCCAGCCACAAAGUGCUUCCCAUCAAUUC